AUGUUCUAUAAUUUUGCGACUCCCCGAUCGGUAAGCAAGCGGAAGAGAGUAAAUCGAGCUUGCAGUUUCUGUCGUGCACAACGCGUUCGCUGCGAUACAAAUGCUCCUUGUACUCAGUGCGUGGAGAACAAUAUCACUUGCAGUCGUCUCCAGACUGCAUCUUUGUCGACAUGUCACAGGGAAACACGCAAUCGAGAGCGCGUGCCAGCACCUUCUACUCAUCUGAGUAGCAGAGACCAUGAAUCAGGCCAAGACCACCCAGAAAGACCAAAAUAUCCUCAACAUUCAGCUAGCUCUACAAUCUUGACAUACAAGCUAGAUUCGACAUUAGAAUUCGUUACUCGCAUCAACACUUUUUGUUCCAGUGCCUUGCAACUCUCUUCACAGGCAGCACAGCACGAUGAUGAUCCCGGCCCUUAUAGGUCCCCAUUCUGCCCGGGUGAAGUGAAUAUCUCACCAUCUGGACCGUGUGACAUUUCCAUCGAGCAGUUGAAGACUUUAUUGCGCAUCUUUCAAACACGCAUUCAUCCUCUUAUCCCGAUAAUGUCACAAGAAGACAUUCAGCUGCCCGUUUCAAGUUCUUCCAGUGAAACAGAGGAUACAGUACCCACUCCUCUCCAAGAUGCGAUAACUGCCUACACAAUGCAAUACAUCUCUCACUCGGGUCUUCACACCCGCCUCCUGGGAUUACAGUGGAAACAGUUCGACACAGGAAAUGAACGAUCGAGGGUAGUUGGCAUGCCAUAUUUCCAAAGAUGUCUAGCAUACUGUACUCAGUAUGCUAUUUUCGAAACUCCCUCUCUCAUGACACUGAAGUGCUUUUGUAUAAUGACGCUUUUCCUACUGGAUACGGGCCAACAUCAUACGGCAUAUGCGGUAAUUGGAAUGGCUGUUCGAUUAGCCCAGUGUCUGAACCUUGAUAAAGUUCUUCCCAGCUCCUCGGAUGAUAUAGAAAAACUCCAGAUAUGGUGGACGCUCGUUCACUUGGAUUUCCGCUGUUCAAGAUAUGAAGGGAAGCCUGUCUCGGAGUUUUUAAGCGCCGGAAUCUCAAACUCCUGUCAUCCACCGAGCUCUGCGAUAGAUUCCCACUCAUCACAGUACUACAUUGAGAGUCUUCGAUUAACAUGUGCUGCACUCACAGUUAUGCGAAACAUAUCACAUAGCUCUAACUUGAUAUCAAACCCCGGGAACGAAUCCACAAAGUCGCAAGCCGAAGCCCUCAUGGCCAAUUUACAGCCCCUGAACAACUGGAAAGUUGCUCUACAAAAGAACAAGAACUUUCAAUGCCUAUGUCUGGAUGUCCCUGAGAACCCUUUAGAUUCAACUUCUGGAAAAGACACCUUGAAUCCAUCCGUUCACCCUCUCGAGAUCCAACAAAACACCCUUUUAGAACUCCAGUACCACGACAUUAUAAUCAGUCUACAUCGCAGCUUCAUUGAGCUUCCAGCUGCCACGCACAUACAUCAUGAUUCUUCUCAUAUAGAGCAUGUGCAAACGGCGCUCAAGCACGCACUAGCAACAAUACAGCUCAUUCACUCGCGCAUGUCGCAACAUGAUGUCUUCUACGGAUGCAGCGAGCUAUACCAGUAUCAGUGGAAUGCUGUCUUGACACUUAUCGGAUUCAUGCUUGCUUAUUCUUCGUCUGUGUACUUCUCAACAGCACUGAGGCAUGUGAAUCUUGCUCUUGAGGUCUUUGAAUUUGGGGGUCGACUGUCAGAUGCUGCUGCGAGGGCGGCGGGGUUCACUCGCUUCUUACGGGAUAGGGUAUAUAAAAUGAGCUGUUCUAUCGAUGCUGGUAGUAUACAAGCUGAUGAGAAUUCAUUCGGCCCAAGAUAUGAGCCAGGUUCUUUGCGAACUCCGUUUUCCAACUCUUUGAUGGGGAUAGAUGAAGAUUUUGGGUUGAAUCUUUGGUCUUGGAAUGAUUUGAUUGAUUCUGAUACAUGGCUAAUGUCUCAGGCUAGUGAUCAGAAUGCUGAAGGUGGCUCUUAA